UAUGAAAGAAUUGUUAGAGGAAUUUCAGACAUCAGUAGGGAGUUUUACAGCAAUGCAAUUUUUGUGGGGGAAACGAACUGGUGUUAUUCUGGAAACUUUCCCAGAAGUAAAAAUGCCACAUGGAAUUCCUGAUUUGCAUUUUUAAAGAGAAAUCAAUAACCCAGCCUAAAUAUCUCCCUAUGUAAUAAGGAAGCAUCAUAUUUCAUUGAACUCUUUGCCGAAGUCAUCAUGCAACUUCCUCCCACUUCUGGUGGUUUUAGGGUGAAGGCUGGCCUGCUUCACAGCUGGCAUCCCUGAGGGAAAUAGCAGGAGAGGGCGAGGAGGAGGAAGGGGUAGGUUUGGUAUGGAUGAGUCUGAGAUGCUCUGGAUAAACAGUAACUUGGCUAGGCCACUCCCCUGGUAUAUGCCUGGGCCUCAAGGUGGAAUGGACUUUUUUUAAGCACAAAUGCUUUUGGGUGUCUUUAUAAUUUCCCCCUCCAAACCCAAGAGUUGUGCAAGAAACAUCCACACUCCACACUAACAAGGCAAAGGUUGUUUUUGUUUGUUUGUUUGUUUGUUUGUUUUUUGAGACGGAGUUUUGCUCUUGUUGCCCAGUCCGGAGUGCAAUGGCGUGAUCUCGGCUCACCGCAACCUCUGCCUCCCAGGUUUAAGCGGUUCUCCUGCUGCAGCCUCCUGAGUAGCUGGGAUUACAGGCAUGAGCCACCACGCCCAGCUAAUUUUGUAUUUUUAGUAGAGACGGGGUUUCUCCAUGUUGGUCAGGCUGGUCUCAAACUCCUGAACUCAGGUGAUCCACCCGCCUCGGCUUCCCAAAGCCCUGGGAUUACAGGUGUGAGCCACCACGCCUGGCCUUGUUUUGUUUUUUUGAGACAGAGUCUCGCUCUGUUGCCCAGGCUGGAGUGCAGUGGUGCAAUCUCAGCUCACUGCAACCACGGCCUCCCGGAUUCAAGCAAUUCUCUGCCUCAGCCUCCCGAAUAGCUGGGAAUGCAGGCGCCCGCCACCACGCCCGGCUAAUUUUUGUAUUUUUAGUAGAGUCGGGGUUUCACCAUGUUGGCCAGGCUGGACUCGAACUCCUGACACGAGAUCUGCUGGACUCAGGUGUCAGCCACCGCGCCCGGAUUCUUACCAUAAUACUUUCAUCUUUUGUUUUGUUACUGUACACUUUUAUGGUAAGAAGUCAUGACAGAGUAAUAAAGAGGGACGGGAGCAGGUGAAGAGGAAACGCUUCCUUUCUAUUUUCUCAGGCUGGGGCACUCCAGGUCUUCACAUCACUGCAAGGGCGACAGAGUAGACUUAGAGUCAAGAAAGGCAAGGGCUAGAGCCCAGGAGGCGGAGGGCGACCACGGGCGGAGACCCCAGUGGGCAGAGCCUGGCCCCAGCCCUGGCGGCUCCUCCGCUUCUCCCACAUGUGAGCUUCUCCCACAUGUGAGGAAAGAGCGCAGCCCCUGCGCCCCUGUGGCACACGCUGUGAAACAACCCUCCUGGGUGUGGCUCGGCUCCUCGGCUGUCCAAACAGCCUGAAGAAAAGCCCCAGGCAUGCUCUGGCCUCGUCUCAGCAGUUCCAGGCCAUCCUUCUCGAGGGGCGGGAGCUGACCGGCAUGAAGCGGCCGCAGCGAGCCGCUCGAGGCCUGGUUGGCUUCGAGCUCAGGAGGGACGCACGAGCCCGCCGCUUCCGGCUCUGGCGGGGGGGCACGUGCCCCGCCCCGUUGCCCCGGCGACCGCGGCGGUUUGUUCUCAGGCCCCGGCCUUUCCCACCGCGCGACGCCCCAACCCGCCGCUCCGCCGCGGUGGUACGCUCCAGGCCGCCAGGCCGCGAGGCCCCCGAGCGGACGCCAGUGGAUGACCCGCGGCGGGGGAGGAGGAGGGGAGGAGGAGAUACCAUCAGCAAAAUGCCAGACGUCAAGGAGAGUGUGCCCCCGAAAUAUCCUGGCGACUCAGAGGGCGGGUCCUGUAAGCCCGAAACCUCAGGACUCCCCCAGGAAGACAAGAGCGGCUCCGAGGACCCCCCUCCCUUUCUUUCUGUCACAGGUCUGACAGAAACCGUUAAUGAAGUUUCCAAGCUGAGCAACAAGAUUGGGAUGAAUUGUGAUUACUACAUGGAAGAGAAGGUUUUACCUCCAAGCAGUCUGGAAGGCAAGGUCAAGGAGACAGUGCACAAUGCCUUUUGGGACCAUCUUAAAGAGCAACUAUCAGCAACUCCCCCUGACUUCAGCUGUGCUCUUGAACUUCUGAAAGAAAUUAAAGAGAUCUUGCUAUCACUGCUAUUACCACGCCAGAACCGCCUGAGAAUUGAGAUUGAAGAAGCUCUGGACAUGGACUUGCUCAAGCAGGAGGCAGAACAUGGGGCCCUGAAAGUCCUCUAUCUCUCUAAGUACGUUCUCAACAUGAUGGCUUUGCUGUGUGCACCAGUUCGAGAUGAAGCAGUGCAGAAACUAGAAAACAUUACGGAUCCUGUUUGGCUACUGAGAGGGAUCUUCCAGGUUCUGGGCCGGAUGAAAAUGGACAUGGUGAACUACACUAUCCAGAGCCUUCAACCCCACCUGCAGGAACAUUCCAUUCAGUAUGAACGGGCUAAAUUCCAGGAACUCCUCAAUAAGCAGCCUAGUCUCCUUAAUCACACCACCAAAUGGCUGACCCAAGCAGCAGCAGACCUCACCAUGUCACCUCCGACUUGCCCAGACACUUCUGACUCCUCCAGUGUGGCUGGCCCCUCUCCCAAUGAGGCAGCCAACAACCCAGAGCCCCUCAGCCCCACAAUGGUGCUGUGUCAGGGCUUCUUGAACCUCCUUCUCUGGGACCUUGAAAAUGAAGAGUUCCCUGAGACCCUGCUGAUGGACAGAACCCGGCUGCAGGAGCUGAAGUCCCAGUUGCACCAGUUAACCAUCAUGGCCUCAGUCUUGCUGGUGGCCAGUAGUUUCUCCGGCAGUGUUUUGUUUGGCUCACCCCAAUUUGUAGAUAAACUGAAACGCAUAACCAAAUCCUUGUUGGAAGACUUUCACUCCAGGCCUGAGGAAGCUAUACUGACUGUGAGUGAACAGGUAUCUCAGGAAAUCCAUCAAAGCCUCAAGAAUAUGGGCCUUGUUGCUCUAAGCAGUGAUAAUACAGCAUCUCUAAUGGGACAGCUCCAGAACAUUGCCAAGAAGGAGAACUGUGUCCGCAGUGUUAUUGAUCAGCGGAUCCAUUUGUUUCUCAAAUGCUGUUUGGUUCUUGGUGUGCAGCGGUCUCUAUUAGACCUUCCUGGAGGCCUUACUCUCAUUGAAGCAGAACUGGCAGAACUGGGCCAAAAGUUUGUCAACUUGACACAACACAAUCAGCAGGUGUUUGGUCCCUACUACACUGAGAUCCUAAAAACCCUCAUUUCCCCAGCCCAGGCACUGGAAACAAAAGUGGAGUCUGUUUGAUAGCGUCGGCUCAGAGCCCUGGUACCUUGGACCCAAGAGGAGGCCCAUCAUCUUCCUGGAGUAACAUCACCAGUGACCAGCAGACAGUGAGCUUCUAUCCCAGGCCCUGCAGCCAGUACACCAAGGCUGUAGGGAUCAAGCAUGUAAACACCAACUGGUCCAUACCCAUUCAUUAAUAAACUUCUUAAGUGCAAGAAA